AUGCCUACCGAACUCGAAGAGUUAGUGGGUUUUUUGCACUCGCCACAACCUGCCGUUGUCCAAAUCGCCCUCGAUAACCUAGUGGGCUUUUCCCUGGGCCCGCACCAGCAGGUAUUCGCCUACGACAACUAUGAGGCGAUUAAAGACUUGAAGAAAUUGUCCCAGGACACAGGCAAAACCAUGGUGAGUCAGUCUGUGACGAUCUUGGCCAACUUGUGUGGUGACGAGACCAUGCGCCGUUUGAUUGUGGAGGAUAUCAAGUACCUUGAGUUUCUUGUGAAUGCGAUUAUCCGGCCCACCAACAUCAACGGCGAUUUGAUGUGCAUUUUGUUGGCCAACAUGGCCAAGAGCGACGCCAUCACGAAAAUAUUCAACAUCAAGGUCACGCUUCUGGACGAGCAGAAGAAGUUUUUCGCUCUGGAAAACGCCAUGGACUGCCUUAUGGACUGCUUUGUCAAGGGCUUUGACAGAUCGUUGAACAAGUACGCCGACUACGACUACUUGUCGUACUUUUUCGCCGACAUUUCCCGCUUCGAGAGCGGCCGCCGCUAUUUCAUCACCGAACAAGAGUACGACCACGUUGUGCCGAUUUCGAAGUUGCUUGUGUUCACAGAAAAGUACGACUCCAAAAUCAGACGUGAAGGUGUUGCUUCCACCAUCAAAAACUCCUUGUUUGACGUUGACAGCCACGAAAAAUUGGUCACCGACGAGAACAUCAACCUUUUGCCAUAUAUUCUCUUGCCUGUCGCAGGCCCAGAAGAGUUGGACGAAGACGAUAUGUUCAACUUGCCAGACGAAUUGCAGUUGUUGCCGCCCGACAAGAAAAGAGAUCCGGUCGAGUCAAUUCUUUGCACACACCUCGAAUCGCUUUUAUUGUUGUGUUCCACCAGAGCCAUGCGUGACUACUUGAGAGAGAAAGCAGUCUAUCCUUUGGUUCGUGAACUUCACAAGGCCGCCGAUACAGAAGAAGUCACAGCUCUAUGUGACAGAGUGGUGCAAAUGUUGAUGAGAGAUGAGGAGAAUGGGGAAACUAAGACUGACGCGGACAUGGAUGUGGAUUCGGAUGAGGACGACAAAAUCGUGGAGAUUGUGUAA